CAACUCUCGGUACCUACUAAAAGCAAUAGCUAGUUCGUUAAGCACUGCACGAUCGAUCGCGAGCUGGAGAUCGAUGUGAGUGGAUAAUAUGCGUAUACUCAUAAUUCCUAGCCACUUAGCCAGCCCAGCACACAAAAACAAAUCAAAAGUGCAUUAUCUCCCUUUUCUCCUCUUCCAUUCCAAUCUGGCUUUCCCUGGAGCAACCUUUUCAACUUCUCACAGUUGGGGAAGUACUCACACGUCGGGCGUGCCAAACUUGAGGAACUACUUGUAUUGAUUGGUACGGUCAUAGGUGGAGAAUUAAUGGAAACGUAAAUACACGAUAAUCUUGUAGUACUAUCUUUGUUCCAAAAUAAAUGGUGCAGCUUUAUCUAAAUAACGUAUUUUAAUGUGUAGAUAUAUCUGUAUUUUUCCGACGGCAAAAACGUUGGGUGAUCGUACGGUGCGGCUGGUUGGUCGGUGCUCCAUGGUUAUCUAUGUACUGCUUCAGCGUCGGAACUUGAGGGGGAGCCGGGUCGCCGGUUGACUGACGCCGCCAUCACCGGUGCGGUGAUGCCAGCCUCGGGUGCUUCGGGAGGGGCUGCGCCGUCGGAUGCUGCGUCGUCGGAAGCUGCGUCGUACCCUCAGCCCGCGACCACAACAGCUCUGCUUGACGCGGAUGGGUCGGCGCAGCGUCGUUCGCGUGGAGGCGGAAGAACUCACUUCGUCGACGCGAGGAUGGAUGCUGCGGAAGCGCCGGGGCUGGACGGGCCGUACGUGGAGGCUAGCAGCCUGCAGGUUGUGCAGCAGCACAAGGCCACGGCUGACCAGCAGGUUUGCCACGAGCGCGGCCACUAUGCUGCUGCCCAUGCAGCUGAUGGAGCUAGCUCCCUGGACGUGCCAAACGUGGGCGCUGGCUUGCACGCUGUACAGCAGCACUGUGCAGCUGCUGGCCACCACGUCCUCAGCCCCGACGCUGCUUCCCCGGACUUCAACGGAUCCUCCACGCUGGAUACUGCGGCUUCUAAGGGGGGGCCUGCUCCAUCAACUCCUCCCUCCAAGGUGACGCCCUCUUCGUGUCGACCGUCGCCGCUCACCCCUUCGCGUAGGAGCACGCGUCACGGGGUGGGUGCGGACGGUUUCGCGGUCACAGACGAGGACUCGCUUACCAAGGCGAUGAGACGCAAGGCGGCGUCCAACCUCGACACCUCAGGUAAUCUACCGGUGUACGGCCUUGCUCCGUUCAUGGUCGUCGCUUCAGCGAUUGGAGGACCGAGACCUCUUUACGGAGGCGUCUACACGGUUGGAGAAUUCGGCCAAGGAGUUUAUUACCCAACAUGGGUGGCUGCAUAGUCGGAGGAUUGCAGCUUCUCCACCUUGAUGAGCGUUUCGCGUAUUCGCUUUUAUAUUAUUUAUAUUUUGAACUUGUUCUUGUGUACUCGUGUGUGAACGGCUGUGUGCAUCUUGGUUAUGCAGAGGCCGGGUGUAUUACGUCAACUAUGAAGUAAUAAAGCGCCCUUUUUCGAA